GCCUGGCUGGCCUCAUUCGAUCCCGAUACUGCAUUCAGAUCGCAACUGAUUGCGGUCAAUUCCGGUAUUCGUAAUUUUAUCCGUCAAAUCGAUGAGCGAGGCUGUACACGCACAGCCCGGAUCAAUGGUAUACAACAACUUCGUGCCGCAGAAAAAGCGGCCGAAGGUGACAUCUCCAAAGCCGCAACAACCCCACCAAACAGUUUUCUCGUUAUUCUGCGCCGGGAUUUCAUUUAG